UGCUGCGUCGUAACGCGGCUCGCGUGCAAUGCGGGUGGGUUGAGGUUGGGUUGUAGUGGGCAGUCCGGGGCACGGUGGGCAGGGCCGGGGUCGCCAUAACAGGUGGUUCGUGUCUACAGAUACACACCACGCGUUCAGCGCGCACGACCCACGGAGUUUGGGGGCCGGGGGUAUCAGGAUAACGAGAAGAGUUGAAAGAAGAAGGCGGCGGUGCUGCUGCUGCUGGGAGACGAGAGGCCAUGGCAGAUCCUGCGUUGCGGCAACGGCGGCCCGUCUACAACGGCACGGGUGACAACGGCCUCCUGCACGGUGGCAGGGACGUGACAGAAGGGCCCCCCGCCGUGCAGGAGGUGCCCAUGCGGGAAGCGCGGCCUGUGCAGGUGGUGCGGGCCUGCUCGGACCACUCCUUUGAGCUGGACGAGGAGGCGCUGGGACACGUGCUCCUGGACGAGCGCGUGCGUGACAAGGACGUGGUGGUCGUCUCGGUGGCCGGAGCCUUUCGCAAGGGAAAGUCUUUCCUGCUCGACUUCAUGCUUAGGUACAUGUACAACAAGACGGGUUCCUGGCUCGGAGGGAACGACGAGCCACUCACCGGCUUCACCUGGCGCGGCGGCUGUGAGCGCGAGACGACGGGGAUACAGAUGUGGAGUGACGUCUUCCUCGUCGACAAGCCUGACGGCAGCCAGGUUGCCGUGCUACUGAUGGACACUCAGGGCGCGUUUGACAGCCAGUCGACCAUCAAGGACUGCGCCACUGUGUUCGCCCUCAGCACCAUGACCAGCUCUGUGCAGGUUUACAACUUAACGCAAAACAUCCAAGAGGACGAUUUACAGCAUUUACAGUUGUUUACUGAAUAUGGACGUCUUGCGAUGGAUCAAGUCAUCAACAAACCCUUCCAGUCACUCAUGUUUCUCGUAAGAGACUGGAGCUUCCCAUACGAGUAUCCAUAUGGCCACGAGGGUGGAAAUAAGUUCCUUGAAAAACGGCUUAAGUUAUCGGAGAACCAGCAUGAGGAGGUGCAAAACGUGAGGAAGCACAUCCACUCGUGCUUCUCUAAGGUCGGCUGCUUCCUCAUGCCUCACCCUGGCCUCAAGGUGGCUACCAACCCAAACUUCGAUGGCCGCCUAAAAGACAUUGACAGCGAGUUCAAGCAGAACCUGCAGAACCUGGUGCCUCUGCUGCUGGCCUCACAAAACCUGGCUGUCAAGGAGAUCAACGGCUCCAGGAUCACGUGCCGCGCACUCGUGCAGUACUUCAAGACGUACAUGAAGAUUUUUCAGGGAGAAGAGCUUCCACAUCCAAAGUCUAUGCUGCAGGCCACAGCAGAAGCCAAUAACCUCACAGCUGUUGCCACUGCAAAGGACAUGUACAAUCGGGAAAUGGAGAAGGUUUGUGGAGGUAACCAGCCAUUCCUGGCACCAUCAGACCUGGAGCAGAGUCACCACAAUCUCCUGGAAGGCUGCAUCAAGCAGUUCCGCUCCACCAAGAAAAUGGGCGGCGAGGAGUACAGCAAGAAAUACGAGGAGCAGCUGGAGUGCGAGAUUCAGGAGACCUUUGGGAACUUUUCCAAGCACAACGACAGCAAGAACAUCUUCAAGGCCGCACGCACGCCCGCCACGUUCUUUUCCGUCGUGGUGGCCAUGUACGUGGCGUCUGGCGCGCUGGGGUUCGUGGGGCUGUCGGCCCUCGCCAGCCUCUGCAACCUGGUGCUGACGAUGUCGCUGCUGCUGCUGUGCACGUGGUCGUACGUGCGCUACUCGGGAGAGUACCGCGAUGUCGGAGCUGUCAUUGACGACCUCGCCAACAUUCUCUGGGAACAGGUAUUAAAGCCGCUUUCAGAGUCUCUGCUGGAGGACACGAUGCGCCAGACAGUGAAAAACUCCAUCAGGGCCGGACUGACUGACUCAGCUCGGGGUUCAGGCAGACGCUAGGGCCACCGGGACACGUUCUCGUGCCAACACGGUGCCUCCAGCCCGUUGCUUGUGUGAGAUCAUUGAGGCCACCGGAGGGGGGGGGAGCGGGUGGCCAAAGUCACCGAACAUCACACAGGCUGUUCCCCUAUGUGCCCUGCUUAAAAUCAUUGUUCAUAAUUCACCAUACCUCUACCUUGGCAAUACAAAUUGUCGGACGUCGUAACUAAAUAUUUAUUCUAUGUGGCCAAGAGAUGAAAGAUGGGCAAGGUCAUUCACACUUAAGCGUGCUACUUAAACUUAUCUCCGUGUAAUCAGCUCAUGCCAGUGCAGUUGCACACCAGCAAAGGGCUUGAGCGCAUAAUCACCGAGCACCGAACAAAGUCGUGGUGAGCGUUCGUUCAAACGUAAAACUAGCGUCCACAAGGGAAAAAAACAAGUUAUCAACCUAUGCACAAGAAUACGCCACAAUCUGUAUCAUCAGCAACGAGUUUAAAGCAGUAGCGGCAUUGGUCACGAGGCCAAGCGUGUUUAUUUUAGAAUCAGAAACUGAGUGCGGUCUCACACGAGUGUCACGUUGUGAAUAACUUGGCUCCGUCUACGUGUUUAUACUGUGUGCCUGGAAUUGUCAAUCCCCGCUCGGGAACGGGCAGUUCUCUUCACUUGUAGGCUAAGGAACAUUGGCCUGGGCUUUGCUUAUUUCACUAAAUGCAACGAUUGCACUCUCCCUAAUGGCAUUGUCAGAACGUAUGGCUAUUUUGCGUGGAUAAUUAAGACGUAUAUUUUGCACAAUUUACCCACAAUCCUUGAUGUAUUCACAAGCCUAGAAAUGGAAAGUGUAGAUUAUGUUAAAUUACAGUAUUGCGAAGCUUUACAAUUUACCAAAAUGUUGGAGCGUAUUCUACAAUGUAGGCUGAUGAGAUCGCCAGACUAAGUGUUAUAUUUUGCCCGCAAUACACGAACGUAGCAUAUGGUAGCUUGUGUUUACAGCAGUACAGUUUGACUGCCUCGCAACAGAGCCAUGACUGCUGAGAAUGUACAUGGAUUUGUCCGGGUGCUUUACCUGUGGUCUCUUGAAUGCAACAGGCCAAUAUAUUUUCUUGACAUGUUGGAACAUUUAAAACCGUUUGAACAUUGAUAUUUACCAUAUGUUGUUACAUACAUAAAACGCUCUAUACUAACCGGCGCAGCAACCACAGCGCCUGUCCCCACUGGAGAUUUGUGAAUGUACUCUACUGGUGCCACUUCCGGUCACGUUAGGUGACUGGAUUAGACCCUCGAGCCAAUUCCCUUGUCCUCUUCAGUUUCAGAUAUCUUCAUCAUCAGCCAUGUUCAGUUCACUGCUGGAUGAAGCCGUUGCAAACUCUCAACGAUUCAACGAUGCAAAUAAUUCACCCAGCACCUGCAUUCGAACUAACCUAAUCAUUGCAGCUCCUCUGUCAAUGACCUGUGGGAUACGCUCAUCACAGUAAAAUGAGCCUGUUUUUACACACGCAAUCAAAAUCUGGAACCCCACCAUCGCAGGCAAACCCAUGAAUGGUGCUGAACGACUUGCUUGAGAGCAGAUGUUUUUCAUGAAUACCCAGACAUGGCCCAAAAUGUAAUCUCCGCUUCCACCCCUCGUUUAAUUUGGUCAGCUAGAGACUCGCAAAGUUCCCGUUUUUGUUCAAUUGCCACGCCAUUUCAUUUUUGUUUGUGUAGCAGAUGAAACAUUAACGCUUCCAAGUGUGCCGACCACGUGAGACGACCUGUUUAGGUCUAGCAUGACCUUUCCCUUGGUGCUUUCAGUAGCCCCGUGGCUAUGGAUGGGUUCUGAGAUUACAGAUGGGGAAGGUUUGGUGAUGGUGAGAGGCCCAGAGAAGCCUUACGAGGGAGGGAUAGCUUUUGUGUAAUGAGAAACUGUUGAUCUUGCAGGUCGCAUGCAGACUUGAUUUCAUUGAUCCAAAUAUUGACUGAGCAGUCCAUAGACAUUUCUUGGUUGGCUUAUCCUGAUGACACUAUCGUGGAUUAGUAUUGUUUAGGAGCAGUGUUGCUAAUACGAAGUGUUGCAUAUGUUCAAUACUUUUGUGCCCUUUCUAUUGUUUUCCAUUGAUGAACACAUGGGAAUUGAUAUUUAACGAUUGAAUGCCUAAAUAGCGAGUGUUCCAAAUACAUAUCUUUAUUUGUGAAAUGCAAAUGUGCACUAUUUAUGCUUUGUUUUUUUUGCAGAGGUUAAAUAUCACUCAUUGUAAACCAAAGUUUGUAAAUUCCGCGGUUGGGCAUUGCCUCAAGAUGCUCGCCUUCGGUUGUUGCCCGGGAUGUGUUUGUGAGAUGUUGUUUGCAUGCACUGUGUGUAUAUUCCGCGUGUGACUUCGCUGGUCGGUGUUUACUGACGCGUGAGGGGGGGGGGAGGCUAACGAAUCAGCAGGGAAGUCUGUUCAGUUUCAAAUGAGAGACAUUAAAAAAAAUCAUUAAUUUUGAAUUGCAUCUCGGUGAGUGAAUAUUCCAACACGCCUUUGCAAUGCCUCGUGAGAAUAAAUGCAAACCAAUUAUUUAUAGACCGCGAAAGCCCAUUCUGACAUCGUUGCUCUCGAAAUGAGUAA